GGGGUUUCCUGUUUCCUGUUCUUGUUCUGCAACCUGGAAAGAGGCUGCGAUGGUCGCCAGUACUCAAAGGCCCAAACCUGUCUGAGUGAGCCUUAUGAACAGCAGAAACAAUGGACAUCAAAGGCCAGUGUUGGACGGACGAGGAGUCGGACGGGGAGAACGAGUCGGAGCAGUUCCUGUAUGGCAUUCAGGGGAGCUGCGCUGCUGACCUGUACCGCCACACGCAGCUGGACGCAGACAUCGAGGCAGUGAAGGACAUCUACACCGACAGCGCUGUGUCUGUUAGGGAGUACGGAACCAUCGACGACAUGGACAUCGAUCUCCACAUCAACAUCGGUUUCUUAGACGAGGAGGUUGCCACAGCGUGGAAAGUUAUCAGAACAGAGCCCAUUAUUUUGAGACUGCGCUUUUCUCUUUCUCAGUACCUCGAUGGACCCGAGCCGUCGGUCGAAGUGUUCCAGCCCUCCAAUAAAGAAGGCUUCAGCUUGGGCCUGCAGCUCAAAAAGAUCCUGAGCACCUUCACGUCGCAGCAGUGGAAGCACCUGAGCAAUGAGUUCCUCAAGGCGCAGCAGGAGAAGAGACACAGCUGGUUCAAAGCCGGAGGAACCAUCAAGAAGUUCCGCGCCGGCCUCAGCAUCUUCUCCCCCAUCCCCAAGUCUCCGAGUUUCCCUCUGAUCCAGGACACGGUGCUGAAAGGCAAGCUGAGCGUCCCCGAGCUGAGAGUGACCCGCCUGAUGAACCGCUCCAUCUCCUGCACCAUGAAGAACCCCAAAGGGGAGCUCUUCAGCUACCCCCCCAACAGCCAGACUGUGGCGGUGCCGGCGGCCAGGGCCCCUGCGCAGAUUACCACGAGGCAGCUGAUUGAAUUGUUUUUCUCAUCCCAGGCGGGCGGCCACUGCAAGAACAUCCCUACCUUGGAGUAUGGCUUCUUAGUGCAGAUAAUGAAGUACUCAGAGCAGAGGAUCCCCACGCUCAACGAGUACUGCGUGGUGUGUGACGAGCAGCACGUCUUUCAGAACGGAUCCAUGCUGAAGCCGGCUGUGUGCACCAGGGAGCUGUGCGUCUUCUCCUUCUACACGCUGGGUGUCAUGUCCGGAGCGGCAGAGGAAGUGGCCACCGGAGCAGAGGUGGUGGACCUACUGGUGGCGAUGUGCAGAGCUGCUCUCGAGUCUCCCCGUAAGAGCAUCAUCUUCGAGCCCUACCCGUCAGUCGUUGACCCCAAUGACCCCAAAACUCUGGCCUUCAACCCAAAGAAGAAGAAUUAUGAGAGACUGCAGAAAGCGUUGGACAGCGUCAUGUCCAUUCGGGAGAUGACCCAGGGCUCGUAUCUGGAGAUCAAGAAGCAGAUGGACAAGCUGGACCCUUUGGCCCACCCUCUGCUCCAAUGGAUCAUCUCCAGUAACAGGUCUCACAUCGUCAAGCUGCCUCUGAGUAGGCAACUGAAAUUCAUGCACACCUCCCACCAGUUCCUGCUGCUCAGCAGCCCCCCGGCCAAGGAGGCUCGUUUCCGCACUGCCAAGAAGCUUUACGGCAGCACCUUCGCCUUCCAUGGUUCCCACAUAGAGAACUGGCACUCUGUUCUGAGAAAUGGACUAGUCAAUGCGUCGUAUACCAAGCUGCAGCUGCAUGGGGCAGCGUAUGGAAAGGGCAUCUAUCUGAGCCCCAUCUCCAGCAUCUCUUUUGGAUACUCAGGAAUGGGGAAAGGACAGCACCGCAUGCCCACCAAAGAUGAACUGGUGCAGCGCUACAACCGCAUGAACACCAUACCACAGAGCCGUCCAAUACAAUCCAGGUUUCUGCAGAGUCGAAAUCUGAACUGCAUCGCUCUGUGUGAAGUCAUCACGUCGAAGGAUCUGCAGAAACAUGGAAACAUCUGGGUGUGUCCGGUAUCGGACCACGUGUGCACUCGCUUCUUUUUUGUGUAUGAGGACGGCCAGGUCGGAGACGCCAACAUCAACACCCAGGAGCCGAAGGUGCAGAAGGAGAUCAUGCGUGUGAUCGGGACCCAGAUCUACUCCAGCUAAUGGCGGCUUUUCCAACACGUCUCUCUGGCGGAGGAGGAGGCGCACGGGCGGGCGGACGGAGAAUGUUCUGGGGCGAGCUGACUGCAAGGCCUCGAUGCGGAGGCUGCGGGAGCUCUCAAGCACAUUGUUUCUAAAGUCGGUGUGUUCUGGUCCUCUCGGGUUCCUCGCCCCUUUAUUUGUUACACAUUACAUGUUCAGAUUCAACCUGGUUAGAGUCAGCCUGCUCACACACACACACACAUUUAGCAAGGGGCGUGUCUAUACACUGUUUUGAAGCUCACGGGGGGGGUUUGCCUGUGGAGAACUCAUUUUAGGUCCCCACCGGGACACGAGUCCCCAUGGGUAUGUGUUCUGUCAGGUCGAAGUCCCCACCAGCAUAGACGUACAAGAGCACACACACACGCACACACAGACACAUAGCAUGGGGCGUGUCUAUACACUGUUCUGAAGCUUGUGGGAGGGGUUUGCCCGUAGGGACCUCAUUUUAGGUCCCCACCUAAACAUGAGACCUCAUGGGUAUGUGUGCAGUCAGUUUGAAGUCCCCACCGGCAUAGACGUACAAGAACACACACACACACACAUCAAACACACAUCAAACCCUGGUGAGACUGGGCUUUCUCCUUUCUUUUCCCCAUUAAUCUAUUUAUUAUUUAAAUUUUGUGAAAAUCUACUUAAAAAAUAAUCAUUCCAAAUAAUAAUUAGAUCCCUUUUGCGACAACUAAGUGAUGGAUUUAUAUGCACACAGAAGUUUGUUAUUUGAUUGCGUCUCUGAUCCGUUUAUUUCAUAUGAUUUGACUGAUGACAUGAAUUAAGGUCGGUGACAUCGUUACCUGAGGGGCCAGCACUACUCUGUCAUUGUGUCCUUGUUCCCCAAUAAGCGAGGUGUGGCUUUUUCUCACGUUAUAUAAACAGGCACUUUGUUUUUUGAUAACAUUAUCAAAUGUCCAAUUUGCUUUACAUAAUUAAGGCAGUUCUCAUGAGUCACGCACCUUCAAACCCUCUCAGUCUACAAGUGGCAAACAGACAAAGAUGACUUCUAUCGAACUAUCAUCAAAUAUAAAAAUAAUAAAUCAACAGCAGUGGAUUUAAUCUGUGCACAUGUUAUAUAUCUGUUGCCUAUGUUCAAAAAACCUCCGUGUCAGCAUUUCGUGAACGUACUCGUCCCCUUUUUCUUUACGUUCUAAAAUGAAAUCACAACUUUAAAAAAGCCACUGUACAGAUUCAUGGAACAUUUUACCAAACAAUCUAGCAUCCAGUGCAGGUGAGCUCACAUCCCCCCCCCCCCCCCCCCUGGACGGACCCCGGCUGUCAUCAAUGUGUACCUCUAUUGAGAAUGGCAACCCUUGUAUAGCUACUCAAGUUUAUCAGUUAGUCAUGUACUGUACGUACUUAUGUACUUAUGUGCGUUUGUGUUUUCUCGACAUUAUACUAGACAUUGCACUUAUUCAACGUUUGCCUAAACUGGAGAAAUGGACAAUUUAUGGACAAGAUGUAAAAUCCAUCAGCUCAGCCGUGUCUGUACGAGAGACUCGAGGCUUCUGGCUCCUCCGGAGCCGAAGGUUCUGACUGCUGGACGGACUUCGAGGCGCCGAGAGAGAAUCGGGUGAAAAGACUUUGGACGUCGUUGCAAUGCAUCGUCCAGAAAGAAGUGGACGUGUGCAGCUGGCUCGUCGUACUGCUGAUGACUGAUAGCUGAUUGGCUGAUAGCUGAUUGGCAGUUUUUGAGUCUCUUUGAGAAUCUAUUCUCUCCGGUGAGUGACGCUUUCAAAGAUGAUGUUGACGACAAUGAUGAUGAUGAUGAUGAUGAAAAAAAGAAGAAGAAUAAAGCCUGAUUUUGCACA